AUAGCAAUUACUGUCUCUUCUAAUUAUUCUACAUGAACUUUGUAAAAUUAUUAGUAAAACGUGGAAUAACCUCAAAACUAUAAUUUCUAUAAAUAUAUUAUAAAACAAUACAAUACAAUAUAAUUAAAAAAUGUCGAUUGAAAUAUCAAAAUCCAAGAAGAAAAAAUGCGAAAGAAAACGAAUACGUGCCCAACAUUUGAUAGAAAAUACAACAAAUAUUACUUUUUGCACUACACCAACUCAGAACAUAGUAAUUUGCAAUGCCGGACUUGUGUCAGGUUUAACUCGAGAAUGUAUUGUUGAAAAUUUUUCUAAAUAUGGAAAUAUAGCAAAAAUUGUUAUGGUACCAGGUCAAUCGUUUUGUUUUAUUCAAUUCCAAGACGUCUCUAGUUCUGAGAAAGCUAUGAAUGAAGUAAAUGGCCUUUUAACUAUUGGACAGAACGAUGGAGUUGUAUACCUUUCCUAUGUAAAUGCUUUACCAGAUUCUAAAACUGAUGACGAGUACCAUAUGAUACCUCCAAGAUUGAAAAUUAUAAAAGAUAUAGUCACCACACAAGAAGAAAUUAAUUUACUAUCACUUAUUGAUUGGGAUAAAAAUUGUAAUGAUGAAAUGAAACACCGUAAAGUCAAACAUUAUGGUUUUGAGUUUUAUUAUGAUACAAACAAUGUAGAUAGAAAUAAACCUCUAGAAGAAAAAAUUCCUGAACAAUGUGAUAUCAUUUGGGAAAGGUUAAAGGAAAUGAAAAUUGAUGUACCUCAUAAAGUAGAUCAACUAACUGUUAAUAUGUAUAAACCUGGACAAGGAAUACCACCCCAUGUUGAUACACAUAGUGCUUUUGAGUCCCCAAUAUAUUCAUUGUCUUUAGGAUCUGAUGUUGUUAUGGAAUUCCGAAACAAUUUAAAUCAACAUUAUUCUGUACAUUUACCACAAAGAAGUCUUUUAAUAAUGGAUAAUGAAUCUAGAUAUAAUUGGACACAUGGAAUUACGCCCAGAACAAUGGAUGUAAUACAAACCACAAAUGGUCUAAGUGUUUCUAAACGUUCUGUUAGAACUUCAUUUACAUUUCGCACUAUUCGAAAGAAUGCAAUAUGUGAUUGUGAUUAUAAAAAAAUGUGCGAUAGUCAGCAGAAUAUUUUAAAUGAUAAACAAGUAACACUUGAAAAUGUUGCAGAAAACUUGGAAAGGAUACAUGUUCAUAGUGUAUAUGAACAAAUAGCAUCACAUUUUAGUGAUACACGACACAAGCCUUGGCCUAAUGUUGAAAAAUUCAUACAAACUAUACCUGUUGGUGGAAUUUUAAUUGAUGUAGGAUGUGGAAAUGGAAAAUAUUUUAAAAGUGGAAGUAGCAUAGUACAGAUAGGUUGCGAUCGAAGUGAAAAUCUUUCUUCAUUAUGCUUUUCUCGUGGAUUUCAAGUUUGCACCUGCAAUUGCCUUACAUUACCAUUUCGUGAUAACAUUGCUGAUGCUGCAAUUAGUAUAGCUGUUAUUCAUCAUUUAGCCAAUGAGGAAAGAAGAAUUCAAGCAAUACAACAAAUUGCUCGCAUACUCAAAAAGGAUGGAGUUGCUCUUAUAUAUGUAUGGGCCAAAAACCAAACGCGACAAAAUAAAAAAUCUAACUAUUUGAAAAAGAAUUGUGAUCAAAUUGAUGAUGUAGCUGAAUUGAAAAUAGAAGAUAAUGAAACCGAUCCAAAUAAUGUACUCAAACUUCCAAUUCACGAAAAUAGAACAGAAUUCAAGUUUCAAGAUAUGUUAGUCCCAUGGAAGUUAAAGGAAUCUAAACAGAGUCAGCAAAUAGACCCACCAAUAUUUUUGCGAUAUUAUCAUGUAUUCCAAGAAGGUGAAUUAGAACAAUUAUGUACUAAAAUUGAAGGAAUAAUUGUAAAAAAAAGUUUUUAUGAUCAAGGCAAUUGGUGUGUAAUUUUAAAGAAAAUAAUAUAA